GAUUCAAGUCGUAUAGUGUGUAUCGAUACUUGUCUAUGUGUCUUCUUUUGGCCGAGAGCACACACAACUGAGUCUGUGGCAGCGCGCGGCGGCGGUGUACACGAUGCGUUACCCGAUUCCAUGUUCGAAUUUCAUUUCGAACAAUGAAUUUGAAUUGUUUCUGCGAUGCGCCGAACUCGAAAUGUAUGAACGAAUCUGAAUAGGCGCUGUUUCAAAAUGUUGUCAGGAAUUUUUUUCGCAUCGAGAAAUACGUUACACACCGAAAUCAUAGUCACAUACCGAAUUUUUUUUUUUUUAAACGCAUCCACCACGACGCAUUUUUUGCUCUUGAACACUUUUUAUUGAUCUAACAAAAAAAAAGCAAAUUGCCGGCAAAAGCACGCGAUCCAACAAUUAUAUCGAUUUGUUGAUUUUUGGUACACAGAUGAACAUUGUUACCUAAGCAACGUUGCAAACAAACAGUCGUUUUUUAUUUCGCGGCGAAAACAGACACAAUCCGCAUAUCGCAAAGUGCAUACAGAAUAACAAGGUGCUAAUUUAUGAAGAGACAGUCUGGUGACCAACGCACAGUAUUUUCAGCAAGGAAAAAGUAUGUCAGCGUCAUCGAUUGAAAUCAAAGGAAUAGCCAAAAGUGACUGUUCCAGUUCAUCGUCAAAGAAAAAUGAAAGUGUAUAUUCUGCAGCGAGUUUAAAUUCAAAGACUCGGAUGUUGCAACGCAAAACGCAGACACGCCAAGCGGGAUUUAUAACCAAUGGGCCGGCCAGUGGUUUGAAUUCGGAAAUUCGGCAACGUGUUUUGUCGGCACGUCAGCAUCGUUAUAGGGGGUUACAAAAUCAAUUGAAUAUGGCACUACAGCAAAAUGCGGAAUUGAUCAACGAAAAUCGUUUAUUGAAAACGUUGCAAAAGCGUCAAGACAAUGCUCUCAUCAAAUAUGAGAGUUCAACGAGUGAAUUACCGCAGUUGAUUAAAUCUCAUACGGAAGAGUUGCGUGUUUGGCAAACCAAGUACCGUGCUUUGAGCCUCCAGAAUCGAGAGCUCACCAAAAAGCUUCAGCAAAAGGACAAAAUAAUGUUGCAAAAUAACGAUCGUAUGAAAUAUUUGACCAAUUUAACCAGCGAAAGAAAUUUGGAGGAAAGAGAAACGCUCCAGAUAAAAGUGGAGUCACUGGAGCAAAAACUAAAUGAAAAAGAGGAAGAGAUAAAAAUGCUCAGCCGAAGAAAUACAAUAGAGGCCAAAAAUUUUAAAAUGCAACUCGCCAACGAACGAAAGAAGUACAAAGAAUUGUGUCAAAAGCAAAAUGGGGACAAGCAAAACGGUUCGUCAGUCGAUUCGGACUACAGCAGUGCCAAAGAUGUGAAAGAUGUAAAAGCGGCGAAGCAUAUCAAUGGCCUUUUACUCAGUGCAUCAUCAGCUAUUAGCGAAGAAACCCCACCGUUGGAUUUGAAUGUCGACAUUGAUGAUGAUGACGAUUUGGUUAUCAAGCAACUUAUCGACAAAGACACAUGCAUCAUUCGCAAUGAUGAUUCGGACCGGCAAAUCGCUCGACAAUUGGCUGACAUCAAUUUUUUUGCCAACGAAGGUGCACAAAGCAUUCAUGCUAUUCAUCAGAAGAUACAAAAUGAUAUCGAAAAAAAUGAAGCCAUAUUGGAUUUACAUUGCGAUGAAAUCAGUCAUGAUAUCACCUUUAAUCUACCAAAGGACUCGUCUUUGUUUGAUGUUGAGAGAUCAAGUGAAAUUGGCACGCUGAAGCCAAUCAAUAACUUGUUACUCUAUAAAGGUGAUAAACCAAAUGGAAUCCAAGUACCGCUGCCAAUAAAUGCUAAACCGAGGAUGAAUUCUUGUUUGCCACGUUUUAACAUCAAUUUGGCCGGUAAACCGCUAAAACGCACUCCCAUCGAUCCGCAAAAGAAGAGCAGACUUUUGGCACAACUCAAAUCUAUUGAAUCUGGCAAUGGAUGCCUUUAAACCUCAAUUUUUUUGCAACACAAACAAAGCAACAUAUUUCGAUAAGAAUUUACAAAAUAAAAUCGAUUUUAUUUCAUCAACAUUAAUUAAAAGUAAUAUUGUUCAACUUCUAGAUUUCCUUAUGAAAUAAAUGAAGUGGGUCAGCAGUUUGUUUCGACUUA